CUCAGUCGGAGUCGUUAGAGGCACGGGUCGGACGUGUCCGUUGGUCUCCUGCCCUUCUCAUUUCGGGGUGUCUCCAAGAACCAAGGCCAACCGCCAACGGUCUACACCUUGUGGGCGCCAUCUUUGCUGCCGUUGGUGAAGGCUCUUUGAGGCACCAGUUAGUGUCAUGUCUGCCACGGGGGGUGAAGACCCAACCCCAAAAGAGCCAGAAAGCCCGGUGAGCCCCAUGGCCGAGCGGUCUGAGGCAACUGGAGUUGUUGAAGGGUUGGGGCCUGAUGCCAGCGCGGCCCAGGCGAGUUGCGAAGCCCAGGUGUCCUCUGAAAUCCAGGUCCUAGGAGCCGGGGCGGCAGAGGAGGGCAUGGGGCCUGAGGUAGCGCAGCCCGAACACGGGGCCGGGGCCGCUUUGUCCUCCUCAUCUUCCUCCUCCUCCAUUGGGCCAGCGGAGGAGCUGGAGAGGGGCGCAGACCGGGGGCCGAACCGGCUGGUCAACCCCCGGCAGUUCCCUUUGAUCAACUUUCGAGUCACGUUCGUGGAGCUGGUCAGCUCGCUGCUGCGCCGCGUGCACCACAACGACCACCUCCUGAUCCGCCCCUACGAGAAUGUGCAGGUGCUGCGCCGUCGGCCCCCGCACGCCGCCACGGCCUCCCGCCAGCGCCCCCGCCAUGGCCGCAGCUCUGGCCCGCUGCCGGUGCCCCAAGCGCCCUUGUGUUCCAGUGCCGGGGUGCCGCUGCAGGGCGAGGGCGAGGGCCGGGCCGCCGCGGCCAUCUUGGCGGCGGCCGUCGAGGAGCAGGCAGCCUGCGGCGGCGGCGCUGCCGGUAAGCUGGCCGAGGCCCAGGAGGCCAUAAAGGAGACAGCGCAGAGCGGAGAGCAGAAGGAUGAGGACGACAUGGACGACGAACAGGCAGAAGCAGCAACUCAAACUCUGUGUGAAAACCCGAGUGAUGCACAAGGUCUUGGAGGUGAGGAACAGAAAGAAGCAGAGGAAGAAAGUAAGAAAGACAACGAAAAUCAACAAGAAUGGGAAAAGGACACAGACCUGGCAGGCGGCAGCCUUGAAAAACCCAGCUCAGAAGACUAGAAAGAAAAGGAUGGAGAAAAAAGAAAAGAAAGAAUUCAACACGUCAUUCUUUUUUGGUUUUUCAGUGUUUGUAAUAAGAGAAUCUUAUUUACGUUAACUUCAUUCUAAAGUUUGUCACCUCAAAUAUAUUAUUAUACCUUUUUCCUUUGUGUGUUACAUAUAUAGUGAAAGCAUUUGUUCAUGUUAAAAAUAAGUUUGUUUUAGGCAACUAAGUGGAAUUAUAGGCAGAUUGUUUUCAAAACAACACUAAAAUCUGUUUUACUUCUGUCAUUUGAAAUGAGUAACUUUCCAACACUUGAUAAACUUAAAUUCAUUUAUUGCAGCACAGUUAAUUAAAAUGUGAAGUUUCAAACUUUUUCCAAGGAAAGAAAUGAAUAUCAAAACUUCUUUAAAACUAAAUUGUAUCAGUCAUUUAGACAUCUGUGGCUAUUGACAUGUAAAAUGUGACUAAUCUGACUUGAAAUGUGCUGUGCAAAAAAUAGUGUAAGCUAUCUUAGUAACUAAUUGCAUAUCAAUAUUGUAUUAGGUUAA